AUGCUUCAACAUGGCGGGCUGAUCACCGCGUUCCUUCUCAUGGCGCUGAUCGUGCCGUUCCUCGGCUCGUACUGGAUCAAGAACUUCACCUCGAUGAUUGCGGUGGCGAUCGCCGCGCAGGGCGUGGCGCUGCUGCAUGCGCGGCUUGGUUUCGUCUCGCUGGCAGGCAUCGCGAUGAUGGGUGUCGGCGGCUGGUUCGGCUUGCGCCUGGCCCAUGCCACGGGCCUGCCGUUUGAGAUCGUGCUGGUGCUCGCGGCGCUUUGUACCGGCGCUGCGGGCGUGUUGCUCGGCCUGCCCGCGCUCAAGCAUCGCGGUCUGAUCUACGCGCUCAUCACCUUGAUGUUCGCAGCCGGCUUCCAUGUCGUCGUCUCCUCGAUCGGGUUUCCGGACGGCGGUAGCGGCUUUUGGGGCCGCAUCGACGGCUCCGCCGAACGCCAACUGAUGGCGCGCCCGGCCAUCGCCGCAAGCGAUCUGGCCUACUUCCUCUAUGCGCUCGCCAUUGCAGCGGCCGCGUUCACCGCCACGCACAUCGUCACCAAGUCCGCGGUGGGCCGCGCCUGGGCGAUGAUCCGGGCGGGCGACGCGGUCGCCCAUGCCGCGGGCGUCAGGAUCGGCAUCGCCCGGGCCAAGGCGUUUGGCCUGGCCGGUGCACUGGCCGGUGUCGGUGGCUGUUUGCUGGCCGGUUCCAUCGGACAGCUGGACGGCCGGUCCUUCGAUCCAGUCCAGUCGCUUCUACUCUACGGCCUUGUCAUCAUCGCGGGUCCCUGGUCGCUCGCCGCAGCGCUGAUCGCAGGUUUUCUGUAUCGGAUGUUCCCGGCGAUCCUCGACAGCUGGGGCGUCGAUGGCGACAUCGCGAUCACGAUUUUCGGCCUGGCCCUGAUCCACGCCAUCGUCAGCGCACCGAGUCGACCGAUGAUCGACAUCGAUGCGCUCACCGUGACAUUUGGAGGCGUCAAGCCGAUCGACCGGCUGUCGCUGACCCUUGACGGUCAGAUCGUCGGGCUGAUCGGCCCCAACGGGGCCGGCAAGACGACGCUGCUCAAUGUGCUCUCCGGCCUUGUCCGACCUUCCGCCGGCACGGUGCGCCUGUUCGGCAAAGAUAUUGGCGCGCUUGCUGCGGGACAGCGUCUUGGGUGGGGCGUGACCCGCGCCUUCCAAACCCCGCAAGUGGCCGACGAUCUGACCGCGUCCGAGAACAUCCAGGUGGCGCUCGACAGUCUGCAGGUCCCGCGCGCCGAAGCGGCAACGCGCCUCGCCGAAACGCUGGAGCGGGUGGGCUUGGCCGGACACGCCCGCCGCCUUGGCGCGCAUCUUGACGGGUUCGACCUACGGAUGACGGAGAUCGGGCGGUGCCUGGUCACCGGCCCCAAACUGAUCAUGCUGGACGAGCCGGCAGCCGGUCUGGCGGCUGCCGAACGCACGCGCCUGAUCGACCUUUUGCGGGGGCUAUCGCGCGCCGGCACCCGCAUAUUGAUCAUCGACCAUGAUAUCGAUCUGAUCGCCGGCCUGUGCGAUCAAGUCGCCGUGCUCGAUUUCGGCCAUCCGGUCGCAAGCGGCGACACCGACACCGUGCUCGCAGACCCGAAGGUCCGCGCUGCCUAUCUCGGCGAGUUCGAAGAUGAUGACGCGGAGGAGGUGCUGCACGGCAUCGACCUGACUGUUGAGCCUGGCGGCAUCAUGGCCCUGCUUGGUCCCAACGGCGCCGGCAAAUCGACACUUGUUUCAACGAUCGCCGGCGAACUCACGCCAUCCAAAGGAACCAUCCGGCUUGGCACUGAGCCACUGGUGGGCAAACGGCCGCAGGCGAUCCGCAAGCUCGGCGUUGCCGCGGUUCCCGAGGGCCACCGCGUGCUCAGGGGUCUUUCGGUCGCCGAUAACUUGCGCGCUGCAGCGACCUUUCUGCCCGCCAGCGAGGGGCGCCGCGCCUUCGAGGAGGCGUUGGCAAUCUUUCCGGAGUUGAAGGAGAAACUCGCGCUGCAUGCCGGCAAUCUGUCUGGCGGCCAGCAGCAAAUGCUGUCGCUUGCGCAAGCGCUGAUGGGCCGGCCGCAGUUCAUCUUGGCCGACGAGAUGUCGUUCGGCCUGGCGCCUGUCAUCGUUAAGCGCCUGAUCCCGCUGAUGACCCGGAUCGCGCAAUCAGGGAUCGGCGUCUUGCUGAUCGAGCAAUACACCCACAUGGCGCUCGAGAUCGCCGACGAGGUGGCCGUGCUGUCGCGCGGUGCGAUCAUCGCGCGCGAUCACGCCAGCGCCUUCCGCGACCGGGAGAAGACCAUGUCCACCGUCAUACCGAUCGAUGAGUUCGUCAACGACCCCGGCUAUCCGGGCUUCGAACCGCGCUUCUUCGACAGCCCCUGGAUCGCCGAACCCGUGUCGAAGUUUCGCGCCGAGGAUGUAGAGCGAUUCUGGUUUCUCGAUUUCCACUGGCCGAACGGCACCACUCCACUCGGCAUGUGCUUCUUUGAGGAUGGCUAUGCCUAUGGCACCCAGCUCUCCGCGACCACGCUGCCCCUUCCCCCGUCCAACGGCUUGGCCGUCCGCUUCGGCGGCACGCAUGUGUUCGGUGGUGAAUCGCCGUUGAAAAGCGCAUGGGAACCGGGGUUCCGGGGCUUGCGUAUCGGCAACGAGCUGGGCGGCAUCCUCGGCGACUUCAAUACGAUCUGGGCCCGGCGCGAGGCCGAACUCACCGCCGGCUUCGAGCACUUCAAGACCUUUGAUACGAGCGCGGCGAGCCUGCCGGAACUGGCCCGGUUUGCGGCCGACGCCCGGGCGUUCCAGAAGUUUGCAUGGUGCGUGCAUUUCGGCCUGAUGUACCCGCUUCUCGCCAACUAUGCGGGCUUUUACGGCCUGUGUUCGGAACUGAAUAUCGCUCCCGGCGAGAUCGCAAAGUUCCUGCAGGGCGAAAAGACGAAGAUCGUCGAAACCGACAUUGCCUUGUGGGAACUCGCCCAUGCGGCACGCGAACUGGGCGUUCAGGCGCAUGUCGCCGGCUCGCCCGCGCAGAUGCGGGCCGCGAUGGAAUCCGCUGGUCCCAAUGGCGGCGCCUGGCUCGCCAAAUAUCGCGCGUUCCUCGACCGGUGGGGCUGGCGGACGGCCGGCAUCGCCGAUCCGCGCGAAAAGCCGUGGAUCGAGGACGAACAACCCGUUGUCGGCCUUCUGGAAACCUUCCUGCAGAAGGACGAUGCCCACGACUUCGAUGGCGGGCUCUCGGCGGCGGCGGCCGAACGCGACGAAGCGGUGGAGAAUGCAUGCGCCAAACUGUCGACCGCCGAGCGCGAGGCAUUCGGCCAAGCGCUCGCAAGCUGCCGACAGGCCAAUUUCUCCUGGUGGAACGAAGACCACAAUGUGGUGAUCGACAUGCAGGCGACCAUCCCGCUGCGUCUGGCGGCGCUGGCCAUCGCCGAAAAAGCCGGUGCGGACGAUCGCGAGGAUGGCUGCUUCCUGUUCCACACCGAACUGGUCGAACUGGCGCGCGGCGACACGAGCUGGGCCGCGCUCAAGCCAGUCGUCAAGGAUCGCCGCGCCUAUUACGAGCAUUGGUACGAUCGCCGCAAGGCGAUGCCCAAAGUCGUCGGCACGGUGCCUGACGCGGUCAGUGAUCCGAUCCUGAUCGAGAUUGUGGGCCUGCACAAACACUUCCUGGACGCCCAGAAGCAUGGCGGCGCGGCCGAGGAGUUACGCGGCAUACCGGCGUCCAAGGGUGAGGUGACCGGUUCGGCGCGGGUCAUGCACAACGCCGAUGAGCUGCAUCUGCUCAAGCCCGGCGAGAUCCUGGUCUGCGAGGGCACCGCACCCAGCUGGACACCAGCCUUUACCAAGAUCGGCGGCUGUGUGUGCGACAAUGGCGGCACGCUGACCCAUGCCUCCAUCGUCAGCCGCGAAUAUGGCCUCCCCUGUGUUGUCGGCACUGGCAUCGCAACCAGUGCCAUCAGCACGGGCGAUCAGGUGACCGUCAACGGCACCGAGGGGCCGCCCAAGACCGGUUUGCCGCACAUCUUGCUGCUCGACUUUGGCGCGGUCAUCUCACGCACGCUCUUUGAGACCCACGCGCACACCGAGAAUGUGCUUGGCCUGCCACCGGGUACCCUCACCUGGCGCGGACCUCUGGCGCCCGAGACCGACCCGCUUUGGCGGGCCAUGCAGCGCGACGAGAUCACCGAGCGCAAUUACUGGGAAAGGCGCGCCCGCGAGGUUGGGGCCUUGGCUGGUGAAGCCGGCUGGAAGCCGAUGACGCUGAUGCAGAAGGCGCGACAGGGCAUGUCGGCCACGCAGGUCGUCCGGCCCGAAGCCGCUGCAUUGGUUCGACAGGUCGCCGCCGCCGGAUUGAAGGCCGGCAUACUCAGCAACGAGCUGGCGCUGUUCUUCGGUCCCACAUGGCGGAGUGAACUGCCGAUCAUGGAUCAGAUGACGCACAUCAUCGAUGCAUCUGACGGUGGCCCGCUCAAACCCGAUCCGGCCGCGUUCGAGCGGGCGAUGCACGCGUUUGGUGAACCUGCCCGUGCCUUUGUCUUCGUCGAUGACCAGGCCCGCAAUGUGGAGGGUGCGCGCGCAUUCGGCAUGACUGCCAUUCACUUCGACGUCUGCGAUCCUUCCGGGUCGUUUGCCGCAGCCGCAAGGGCCAUGGGGCUUGCCGAAGCGCCCGGGCCGCGACAGAUUGCCGGCAAAGCCCGAUCCCACGCGAUCGCGCGCCUUAUCGAAACGGGCUUCAAUUUGCACAUUCCCGAAUGGCGCAUCCUGGCAACGCUGAACUAUCAUGCGCCCGUCUCAUCGCAGUUCCUGGUGCAGCACACGGCGAUGGAUCCCGCACGCGUCAGCCGGGCACAGACGCGCCUAUCUGACCUGGGGCUGAUCUCGGUGACGCAGGACCCCGCCGACAAGCGCAAGGUUAUCAUCACCCUGACGGAGAAAGGGACACAGAUCACCCAAGCCAUCGCGCCGGAAGCCCGUCUUGUCGAAGAGCGCAUGAUGGCGCACAUCUCGCCACAGGAACGCGUCGUGUUCGAGCAAGUCCUGUCAAAGCUGUUUCAGGAGGAGCAAAUGGCCGAUCAUGGCUCUCAUGUCGAACGGGUGACGACGCAGGCGCUUUCGGCGUCGGCCGUGGCGCGCUCAAGCGUCGCCGCAUCCUGGUUCCGGUCGAUGGUGACGCAUGGGCUCGAUCCAGCCAACGACAAGAGGGUUCGCCGGCUCGACGGCGCUUCGCUCAAGCAAGUCCGGGCCGAGAACAGCACAUUUCUUUCCAUCGCCGAGUCCGAACUCGACCGGCUGUUUCGGCUGGUCGGCGCCGGAGGCUGUGGGCUCUAUCUGACCGAUCGGGCCGGCGUGGUGAUCGACCAUCGCUGCCAGGCGGGCGACGAGGUCGACUUUCGAACCGUGGGGCUGGUGCCAGGGGCGAUCUGUUCGGAAGAGAUCGAGGGAACCAACGGAAUGGGGACCUGCCUUGCCGAGCUGCGCCCCGUAAUCAUUGACCGGGAGGAACACUUCUUCGCCCGCAGCACCGGCAUAAGCUGCAUUGGCGCGCCCAUUUUCGGGGCGCUUGGAGAGGUUGUCGGCGCGCUCGAUAUCAGCACAGCGCGGGCCGAUCAUACCCGCGCAACCAAUCUCCUGCUGGCCGAUGUGCUCGUGCAGACCGCACGACGGAUCGAGACAAUGUACUUCCACGCCCGUUUUCCCGAAGCGCGCAUCGUGGUCGCGGACAUGGCUCAGGGCAAUGGCGCGACGCUGCUUGCCGUCGACAAUGACGAUCUGGUCGUGGGAGCGACCCGGGCGGCGCGGCUUGCGUUCGGCCUUGACCUGGAAGGCCCGGUCGCGACGCAUCCUGCGGCCGAUCUUCUGGGCAGGCCGGGUGGCCGCGAUAUCGCGCAGGUCCAGCGCUCGGCCAUUCUCCGGGCGCUGGCGCGAUCGUCAGGCAAUGUUUCGGCCGCCGCGCGACAACUCGGAAUCGGGCGCGCCACGCUCUACAGGCGGAUGAAAGAGCUGAACAUCGACAGAUAG